AUGCCACAAGCACAUCAUCACAUACAUGCGGGUGGACCACAAUAUGCACCCCCUGUUCUACGCGCAGCAUCGCCUACAAGCUCAAUCGGAACGGAGUACGGCGAAGAUAACACAGAUCUAGCGGAUAGAGAACUCAAUCAACAGGAAUUUGAACAGAAAUGUGAAGUUUUUUUGCGCCUACAUGAGCCUCGGCCUGAAGAAGAGCUUGCGCGUGAGGAUCCGAGGCUUCCUAAACCAAAGACAGCCGCGGAAGAGAAAGUGCUACAUGAGAGCGUCAUGAAGAGCCUGCGGAUCCGUGUAAAGAAACUGGAAGAAGACGACUUGUUUGAGCAGAUGAUGCUUCGUGGAACCCGCGUUGCGCAAGAGCAGCAAGCUUCAUCUAACGAUAUCGACUCCAUUAUGCUCAGCCUAAUGUCACGCUCUACUGGUGUGCGACAGACGGCGCCCUGGGGUGGUGGGAUGAGCACUGUCGGUACGUUGCGAAGUACUGGAUUUGGGUCUGGUCUGCAUUUAGCACAUCAAAGUAUAGACUCAAGUAAUGCCACGGCGGGAAAACAAGGAUAA